UCUCCAGAAACUGCUCUCAGGACCAUAUUUAGCCAGUGCAACUGCUUGAAUGCCACAUAGAGUUUAUUUACUGCUUUAAUUUUGCGUUGCAAAAAUAUGCCAAGUCGCCUCAGCGUUGCGCUUUUGCGGUUAAAUUGUGUUUUCUUUCUGGCUGCGAGCCACGUCAAGAGCGCCGAACCGGGCUACCUCUUUCCAGAUUCAGAACAAGAACUCUUCAUUAAGCAGCACUCUGAAUUUUUCGUCAAUCAUCCAGAAAAAGUGGACCGAGAUGGGAAAUUUAUCUCAUACGCUUUAUCGCAUCACUUCUCGAACAGGCGACAUAAGAGAGACCUGAGUUCAGGAGACAGACGGGUGUAUUACAAAGUGAACUACAAUGGCCGGGAAUUGACUCUCAAUCUAACCACCAACGACAACCUGCUCUCCAAUGAAUAUGUGCAGGAGCGACAAAAUGGGAGGUCAUCGGAGAAAUGGCCUGAGUCAUUUGGAAAAGGCUCCUGUCAUCUUAUUGGCACCGUAAUGGAUGACAACGUGGAGGGGACGGCCGCCAUCAGCACCUGUGAAGGAUUGACGGGGCUGCUAUAUUUACCUGAGGGGCCGACAUUAAUUGAGCCUGUACGUGGCCACAUCCCAAACGUCACUCAUCCACAACACCCACAUGUGAUCUACCGGAGCUCAACAUGGAGAAGCCCCAGACGACGACGCAACACAGAUGCACACAGACCCUGUGGGAUCAAAGAUGGUCUGCAGUAUUCCCAACAGGUGGAGCUGGAGAGAGAGCGCUGGGAGCAGGAGCAGCACCCACAGGGUGGGAUUCAUAAUCAUGAUUCAGAUCAGGAAUGGGGUCAGGAAUGGGAACGGCCACGGCGGAUCUCCCCGCGCUCCAUCAGUAAAGAGCGCUGGGUGGAGACCAUGGUGGUGGGUGACUCCAAACUGAUGGACUACCACGGGAGUGGGAACGUUGAGUCCUACAUCUUCACCAUCAUGAACAUGGUGGCUGGAAUUUUUCAUGAUGCCAGCAUCGGUAAUGCUAUCCAUAUCGUGUUGGUUCGACUCAUUCUGCUACAUGGAGAGGAGAAAGGGCUGAAAAUCGUUCAUCAUGCUGAUACAACUCUCACCAGCUUCUGUACCUGGCAAAAAAACCUCAAUCCUCAAAGUGACACUCAUCCAGCACACCAUGAUGUUGCUGUACUUAUCACCCGGAAGGAUAUCUGUGCAGGCAUGAAUCAACCGUGCGAGACGCUAGGCUUGUCUCACCUGUCUGGCAUGUGCCAGCCACAUCGUUCCUGCAAUAUCAAUGAGGACUCGGGACUACCUGUCGCUUUCACCAUAGCUCAUGAGCUUGGACACAGUUUUGGAAUCCACCAUGAUGGACAAGGCAAUGACUGUGAGCUUGUGGGGAGACAUCCCUUCAUCAUGUCCCGCCAGCUCCACUACGACUCCUCUCCGCUCACCUGGUCAUCCUGCAGUAAGGAGUACAUAACACGCUUUCUUGAUCGUGGUUGGGGUUUCUGUCUGGAUGAUCGCCCAUCUAAAAGGGAUCUGACCACCCCAGUGGCAGCACCUGGAGUUCGAUACACGCCCCAGCACCAGUGCCAGUUGCAGUAUGGACACAAUGCCACCUUUUGCUCAGAAGUGGAUAAUGUGUGUCAGAUUCUGUGGUGCUCAGUGAAUGGAUCAUGCCGCUCCAAACUGGACUCGCCUAUAGAUGGAACCAGGUGUGGACCUGAUAAGUGGUGUAUCUCUGGUGAGUGUGUAAUCGUAGGGAAGUUACCAGAAACGGUGAAUGGAGGGUGGGGCCCCUGGAGCACCUGGUCUCACUGCUCUCGUACCUGUGGAGCUGGUGUCCAAUCAGCAGAUAGAGAAUGCAACCAGCCAAAGCCUGAAUUUGGAGGGAAAUACUGUAUGGGAGAGCGGAAGCGCUACAGGAUUUGCAACACAAAGCCGUGUGCCAGAAAACAUCCCUCCUUUAGAGAGAUGCAGUGCAGUGAAUUUAACACUGUGCCUUAUCACAAUGAACUCUACGAGUGGAUACCUGUCGCUAGCACCUCCCGUCCAUGUGAGCUGCAAUGCAAGCCUGUGGAUGAGGAGUUUUCUGAGAAGAUGUUGGAAGCGGUCACUGAUGGAACGCCCUGCUUCAUGAUUAACAACAGCAGGAACAUCUGCGUCAAUGGUGUGUGCAAGGAGGUGGGUUGUGAUUUUGGCAUCGAUUCUAAUGCUAAAGAGGACAGCUGUGGUGUGUGUCUCGGUGAUGGAUCCACAUGUGAGACAGUGAAGGAGACCUUUGUGAAGCAAGAUGGAUUUGGUUACGUGGACUUGGUUUUGAUCCCAGAGGGAGCUCGGGAUAUCUUCAUACAGGAAAUGGGAGAAGCUGCAAAUUUCCUAGCCAUCCGAGCAGGCGAUUCGGAGGACUACUACCUGAAUGGGAAUUACAUAAUUCAGUGGAACGGAGAGUACGAGGCGAGUGGAACAAAGUUUUACUACGACCGUAGAGGCAACAUGGAGAAUCUGACAUCAGCAGGACCAACAACUGAACCUGUCAUGAUUCAGCUGCUGUUCCAAGAGCAGAAUCCAGGUGUCAAUUAUGAGUACACUGUUAAGAAGAGUCGCCCGCUGGGGAAUGAAAUACCAGAACCGGAGUACACCUGGAAAUAUGGAGCCUGGACUGACUGCAGCACCACCUGUGGGAUUGGGGAACAACAUCAACCUGUGCGUUGUUUUGAGGCGGAGGUGGGCGUGGUCGAGGAAACGCUCUGCGACCCCAGUUCACGUCCUGUCGACAGUCAUCGCAAGUGCAAAAACAUGGAUUGCCCUGCAAGGUGGUGGGUUGGUGGAUGGCAGACUUGCUCCGCCACAUGCGGUCCAAACGGAGUGAGAAAGCGCACGAUUAUGUGUGUGCGUACGGUGGCUGGAGAAGAGCGGGUUCUGCACCCUGGAGACUGCAAGCAGUUGCUCAAACCCAAAUCUGUGUUACCCUGCAACCGAGACUUACCAUGUGGAUCGGACUGGGCUGUGGGGAACUGGAGCGAGUGCUCUCUGUCUUGUGAUGGAGGCGUGAAGUCGAGAAUGGUCAAGUGCGUGGCAAAACAACCAGACCGAUGCAACCCUGCCAAUCGACCUCGUUCCACAAUCCUCUGUAACCUUCAGAGCUGCUCAUCCACUAACAGAUGGACCGGUUCCCACUUCCGACCACGAUUCCGACCUCGAGUUACCCCCACAAUCCCAACACAGGCCCCUGGGAUCCAACCCAGAACUCCAGAAUAUAGCACCACUCUAAUGCCAUCAAAAUCCAACACCACUACUCGUAUUAUAACACAUGUCAGCGCUUCCCCAACGCCCACAACCAUAACAACGUAUGACAUCAUCCAUGAAGAUGACCAAGAAUUUAUUCUGGUCAGAGAUGGUAACAAAGAUGGCGGUGAUCAUGAACAAGUUCCCACAAAUACUACAGACUCCAGUUUUACGGAGGACGAGGAAGGAAGCACAGACCUGCAGCCUCCUGACAAAAGUUCUAGAUACACGCCGGGUUAUGAUUACAUAGUGGAAGAUCGAACUGGAGAAGAAAGGGUGACUGAAGACAGUAUGUUUACCAGUCCAUUUCCUGUAAGGUCAUCCACUUUCAGACCAACCACAAAAACGCCUGUACACACAACUCAUCCAACCUCUACUAGAACACUGACGCACACUAACAUCCCUAUAACGAAACGAGCCACUACUAACCGAUCCAAAUUCAGUGUCCACUUGAUAGACAUUAAAAAUCCAGAGUUGAUCACUAGAACUACCAGUAAGUGGGAAUCUAAGCCAACAAGUCCAUGCAAACCAAAUACCACCACAAACCCAAGGUCACACUCAGUAAUGUCACACUUCAUUACUCAGACUCUACGACCUACUGUUCCUACAGUGAAAAUAUUGAGAAAGACAUCACAAAUACUUAAAGGUCCCAAUAAAGGCAAGGGGCCUAAAGUAGACGAGCUGAAGCCAGAGACAGCCAACACCACGACUGACUACGAGAAUCUGAAUGCACGAGAUCCCAUCAGAAGGAAUGCAUUCUGGGAAGUCGGCAACUGGAGUGAAUGCUCAACAACAUGUGGUCUAGGGGCGGUGUGGCGGUCAGUAGUCUGCAGCUCAGAGCAUGAGGAAGACUGUGCCAGGGUAAAGAAACCAGAACCAGCCCGACGAUGCAACCUACGACCCUGCGCCACCUGGAAGACUGGCAACUGGACCAGUUGUCCCGAAGGUUGUGUUAGUGAUAUGAAACAUCGAGACGUGCAGUGCAUUGACACACAGACCAGACGUCCACUGAGGCCCUUUCACUGUCAGGCUCUGUCAUACAAACCACCCAGCACUCUGCCCUGCUACACCCGACCCUGCCUGCAGUGGAAGGACUUACCCUGGGGAGAGUGCUCUAAAAGCUGUGGGCAAGGGCUAAAGGAAAGACUUGUGUACUGUCCUGAGUACCAGCGCUGUAACAUCACUCUCAAACCCAACAGCACUGAGCCAUGCCAUCUUCAGCCCUGCACCAGCUGGACUACUGAAACCUGGACCCAGUGCUCCAGAAGUUGUGGUGGUGGAGUGCAAAAUCGAGCGGUGAAGUGUGUAAAUGAGGAAUCUGGAGAUGAAGAGAAAACUUCACUUUGUGCACAAAACAAUAUACCAGACACUGUUCAGAUCUGCAACCCAGAGGAGUGUAAAACCAAUUUGGCUCCGGUUUGUAAGAAAAACAGUAUGUCAACACGUUUCUGUGAGAAACUCAAGCUGCUGGGUCGAUGCUCCCUGCGGUCUAUCCACAAGCAGUGUUGUGUCACUUGUAUGAUGUAAUAUUUACAGAGGUCACGCCAAAGCCACACUUGGGUCAUCAACCCAAAGCACAAACUACUGCACAAACUGUUAGUUCACCAUGAAACAACUUCCAUUAAAGGGGUAGUUCACCUCAAAAUGAAAAUUCUGUCAUCCAAUACUCAACCUCAUAUUAUUCCAAUCCCGAAUGACUUUCUUCCUUCUUUAGAACACAAAAGGAGAUAUAAUGCAAAAUGUUAAGGACUUACAGCCACCAUCACCAUUCUCUUUCUUAACAUCUUUUUUGGGUGAACUAUACCUUUUUGGACCCAAGUUAUUAUGAGCGAUUUCAUAGAUCUUUUUUAAUGGAGCAGGUUGAAACUUACAAAGCAUUAUAAUACUUUUGCCUGUUAUUAAAAGGGUUAUGUGACCACUGUCUGAUGAACAUCAAGUAAUGCUUUGAGGGUCAAACAAUUUUCAUGUGCAGUUCUUAAAUGAGUGUAACUUUCACUAUCGUUAGGUUCACUGAACCUCCCCCUUGUUCAUAUUGCUCAAAACGUUUAACUGAGUUGUUUCAAUUAUUUUUUGUAUAACUUUAACCCUUGAAGCUCUGAAGGUGUUUUAAAAGAUUUCCUGUUUCAGUGGCAUGCCCAAAAUUAAAGGGUUAUAACUCGACAAGAAAAACAAAUUGUUUGGUAUCACUUUAAAGAAAACGUUUCAAAGGUUUUUAAUUACAUAGAUUAUAAUAAAUUCUAAGACUCUCAUCCUUAGAAAUGGCUAAAAAUCACACAAAAAAACUUGAGCCAAAAAUUAACUUCUUUUCUUAUUUUUAUGAUUUGACAUUAUACUCUAUAUCUCAGGGUGUACAAAAGAUAGCUCCGAAAAACAUCUCCAAGUGUCCAAAAGCCUCUCCAACAAAUAAAACAUAAUAAUUGUACAUAAGAACUAAUUUCACAUCCAGAUACAAUGACUAAAGAUAUGCGCUCUUUUCAAUGCAUGCAGGCAUGAGUAACGACAUCUCAUUCAGUUUCAUUCUGUGUCAUUUGAGCCAUCAUUGAGUUUGUAUCAUGUACUUGGCGGCAUCUUCUGGUGGCCAUACGUACAUUAGAUUGAACAAUCCUCUCUGCCCAUAUUUGGAUGACUUUCACCUCUGGUUGCCGCGAUCAGAAUGACACAUACUGUAUGAUUGGUUUAGCGUUCUAUGAUGCUGGACAACAUAAUUUGCAUAGAAGUCAUCUGAUCUAGGAAAGCGUGUUUUUAGCCAGAUAGCACAUUAUGUGCUGUUUGCACAUUGUGCUUCUUGUGUAUUAUCCAAUGAUCUGUGCAUCCGAUUAUGUCAUGUGUGGGCUCGUUUUAAUGGGAAUCCCCUCCUCUAAGUAAUGUUAUGUGAUAUUUUAGAUAUAUCAAAGACAUGUACUUAUCUAUUACUCGCUUUACAAGCUUUCCAUUGACAUAUGACACAUGGCUAUUUGAUGAGUUUGAUGUUUUUACUGAUUACAAUAAUAUAUACAGUGCAAAAGUAUUAAUUAUCAAAACAGAAAACUUCUGAUUUGUCUGCAAAUUUCAAAACACUUGUUCAGUUUUGGUCAUAAUGGCUACAUGCAUUGUAAAGUGCUGCUUCUAAGCUUUAAAACGAUACCUAUUUUGUGUUUGUCAAGACUGUAGUUAUUCAUAUUUUGAUAAUAAUUUUUUCCGGUAAGUCAUGACGUGACGUAGAUCAUCUUCUAGAGGACUAUUAACAUAUAAGCCCAUGUUGGCCAACAAGACAGACUUUUAAAAUUUAAGUUUUUUAAAGAUGAGGACAAUUUUUAAAGAUGAGUUAUGGUCUUUGGUUUUUAGCAGUUUGACUUUAUUUUCUUAAAAUUUGGUGCAAAUGUUGCUGUGAAAAUAUGCAUGGACAAAACAAAUAACAAACGGAAAAUUUCACAAAAUCGUAAUUUUUAGUUUUCGGUAAAUAUCAUAAAAGCUUUUCCCUAGGCAGUUUCUGUUUCCUGCUAGAAACAUUUUUAAGUUCACUGUGAUUGUCUAUGAUUAUCUAUAUUCAUACAUUUACAAAAGUAAAUUACUGUGAAAUAAGUGUUUAACAUUAUUAAUAUGGUGUAGAAGAGAAAUUCUACUUAAAGUAUGGUGCAUUUGUAACUUUAUUCCCCAACCCUUAAUAUUGUAUGUUAAUUAGAUUUUUCUUUUAUUAAUAACAUAUAUAGCAUGAAUUCUUGUCAUCUGAUGGCUUUAAAUCCCUUAAGUACCAAAUGUUUUUACUCAAUGUGCUUUCAGAAAGGAGCCAGUAACAUCAAUAUUUUAGGGUUCAGCAAAAAGUAGUUUUAUAUAUUCUAUUAUUCUUUUAAUACAAAUCUAAUCCUUGAAUAACGCUUAACAAAACAAGACUCUAAAUCAAAAAUGAUUGCUUGUAUAUCAUUACACAGGUUAUAAAGUUUGAUUAAUGGUUGUCUGCACUGUAAUUGUGAUGUUCUACUUUUAGUACUUGUAUUUUAGUUUUAGUCAUUUGAAAUAUGUUUAAAACUUUGUAAAUAUUGUACUUUGUAGCUCGUGAGAGUUUUAUGGUGCUGUUAUAGUGCUGUUGGUGCUCUAGUCUGUGUGCUCAUUAACUAAAGUGUUUAAGUCAUUGUUAAUGAGUUCAAUGCACAUUGUCACUGAGGACGGAGGUGUUGCAGGUCAAUCCUCUUGCCUUUAAAACACGCCUGAAUAUUUUAUACAGAAACUGUUUAAAUGCGCAUCUGUACUGCUGAUAUGACUAUUAAUAAAUGCAAUCAU